GUUAUAGCAAAAUAUAAAUCAAGAUCUGGCCGAGUGAUAAUCAAAUGAACUUGCGUUUUUGUGUUGAUAAAAUAUUAUAUAUAUUUAUAUAUUUAUAAAGUAGAUAAAUAAUUAAAAUUAUUUGCUGACUGAUAAAUUAAAAUUUAUUAUUAUUAUAUUUUAUAUAAAUAAGUAUAUAAUAUAUUUUAAUACCUCAAUCGUUGAAGAUUAAUAAAAUGUCAGGAACAAAUAAUUCAUCAACUCACAUGGAGAAAGAUUUAGAUCUAAGUAAUGUUGGACGAGGAGUCUGGUUGGUCAAGGUACCUAAAUAUAUUGCUAAUAAAUGGGAAAAAGCACCGGGGAAUAUUGAAGUUGGUAAACUAAAAAUAACCAAAGUGCCUGGAGAAAAAGCUGAGGUGACACUUGGACUGUCAGAAACUGUCUUAGCAUUGAAGGAUCCUGGUGAAGAAGAUAUUCCAAAGCAGCACAAGCUAGAUGUUAGUCAAGUCAAACAUCAGAUGCUUGGUGUUUUUUCUCAUAUAUCACCUUGCAAUAAUUCAGAUGCAGUUGUACCUGAAGGAGAUAAAUUGUGUAUGGAAGGUAAAAUUGUACAGAAAUUAGAAUGUCGUCCUUAUGCUGACAACUGUUACAUGAAGUUAAAGUUAUCGAGUAUUAAAAAAGCCGCUGUUCCCGUUAGAGCUAUUCAGCAGUUAUCUAAAGUUGUACAUAAUUUCAAACCAGUAUCUGAUCAUAAACAUAAUAUUGAAUAUGCAGAAAAGAAAAAGGCUGAAGGUAAAAAAAUGCGUGAUGACAAAGAUGCUGUGCUGGAUAUGUUAUUUGCAGCAUUUGAAAAACAUCAGUAUUAUAAUAUCAAAGAUUUAGUCAAAAUAACUCGUCAACCAGUCGUGUACUUAAAAGAAAUUCUAAGUGAAGUUUGUAGUUACAAUAUUAAAAAUCCACAUCGCAAUAUGUGGGAAUUGAAACCGGAGUAUCGUCAUUACAAAGCUGAAGAAAAACCAGCAGCUGAUGCUACUGCUGGGAAAGAUGAGUCUGAGGAUUCGAGUUAAAAUUUAAUAAAUAAUUAAAUAAAUAAAUGAAUUUACGACCCUUGGAUAAUUAUCAAAAUAGAUGCCGAGUUAACGGGAAUGAAAUUGCAACUUCCGGUCACUUCAAUUUUGUUAACAGCAAAAUC